GAGAGACACGAGGAUGUCUAACUGUACAGUGACUGUACAUUUAUAUAUACAUAUGUAAAUCUAUAGCGCUUUCCCGCUGUAAAACAUAAACAAAAAGAAAAAACAACAACUUUUGGUCAACUGUUAAAAGUUCAAGUCUGUUUUACAGUUUGGUAUAUCUGCUGAUUCGUGUGGAGAUGCAGAUUUGAAAGCUGCCAGAGACGCGAGGACCCGCGGAGAAGUACAGAGCCUGUGCGUCGUGCUUUAUUUACAGUGUGGACUUCAAUUUCUCUCCUCACAGACUCGCCGGGCUGCGGCUCGUUCAGUAGGUCAUCUUAGAGAAAUAGAUGAGAUUCCGGAUGAGCUCGCAGGGGAACUCGGGAUAAUUCUCCAACAGCGAGAGUUUGGAUUGAAGGUCUGCUGGAUGUUCACACCCCGAAGCUGCUUCGGGUGAACUACUGUUCAAUGGAUCCACUGAGGUUUUGGACAUUUAAACUGGCUUUUGUCAGUGAGUAGGGCAGUAGGACCUGUCCACCGGUCCCACAAACGUGGAGCGGACUUGACUUGUCAUUUUGGACAUAUUUCUCCGCUGUGAAUUUGAGGAUUUGCGCGCCCGCUGUGGAUGUUUUAAUAUGUGAGAAUGGGUCCACUAGCCUUCAUCCUUGUUAGUGGAUUACUGUAUUUUCAAGUUGAUGGAUCCCGUCUGCGCCAGGAGGACUCCCCGCCUCGGAUUGUGGAGCACCCCUCUGACCUGAUCGUGUCCAAAGGGGAGCCUGCCACACUCAACUGUAAAGCAGAGGGGCGGCCGAGCCCGACGGUGGAGUGGUACAAGGAUGGAGAGCGGGUAGAAACGGACAAAGAUGACCCACGUUCCCACCGCAUGCUGCUUCCUAGCGGCUCGCUUUUCUUCCUUCGCAUCGUUCACGGACGACGGAGCAAACCGGACGAGGGCUCCUACAUCUGCGUGGCCCGGAACUACCUGGGAGAAGCUGUCAGCCGCAAUGCAUCCUUGGAAGUAGCAUUGCUGCGGGAUGAUUUUAGACAAAAUCCUACUGAUGUGGUGGUGGCAGCAGGAGAACCAGCAAUCCUUGAAUGUGUCCCUCCCAGAGGCCAUCCGGAGCCCACCAUCUACUGGAAGAAGGACAAAGUGCGAAUUGACGACAAAGAUGACAGGAUCACUAUUCGAGGAGGGAAGCUAAUGAUCUCCAACACAAGAAAGAGCGACGCUGGCAUGUACAUCUGUGUUGGUACAAACAUGGUUGGAGAACGGGACAGCGAGACGGCACAAGUAACAGUGUUUGAGCGACCAACCUUCCUCCGGAGGCCCAUCAACCAGGUGGUCCUGGAAGAGGAGCCCGUGGAGUUCCGCUGCCAGGUACAAGGAGACCCCCAACCCAAUGUACGCUGGAGGAAAGACGACAUUGAUGUUCCUCGUGGAAGGUACGAGAUCAAGUAUGACAAGGACGACUAUGUGCUGAGAGUGAAGAAGGCUUCCAUUAAUGAUGAAGGCACAUUCACCUGCGUGGCAGAAAACCGCGUGGGCAAGCUGGAGGCCUCCGCCACUCUCACAGUCAGAGCUCGUCCCGUCGCUCCGCCACAGUUUGUCAUCCGCCCAAGAGACCAAAUUGUGGCACAAGGUCGCACUGCCACCUUCCCAUGUGAAACCAAAGGAAAUCCACAGCCGGCUGUGUUCUGGCAGAAGGAGGGAAGUCAGAAUUUGCUCUUUCCCAACCAACCCCAACCCAACAGUCGCUUUUCAGUCUCGCCCAGCGGAGACCUCACCAUCUCAUCUGUGCAGCGGGGAGAUGCUGGUUACUAUAUCUGCCAGGCGCUGACAGUCGCAGGAAGUAUCCUGGCCAAGGCUCAAUUGGAGGUCACAGAUGUUCUUGCAGACAGACCUCCACCCAUUAUUCGCCAAGGCCCAUCCAAUCAGACACUCGGGGUGGACAGCUUGGCACUCCUUAAGUGUCAGGCAUCUGGAGACCCCAUCCCCUCCAUCAGCUGGCUGAAGGACGGAGUCAGUUUACUGGGAACUGACCCCCGCAUGUCGCUGCAGGAGCUUGGCAGCCUGCAGAUUAAGAACAUCAAGCUUUCAGACUCGGGGAUCUAUACAUGUAUUGCCACCAGCUCAACGGGGGAGACGUCAUGGAGCGCUUUCCUGGAAGUCAAAGAACCAGGCGCAGUGAUAGUCAUGAAGAGCCACGAUGACAAUGAACUUCCAGGUCCACCGUCUAAACCUCAAGUCACCGACGUCACCAAGAAUAGUGUGUCCUUGUCAUGGCAGUCUGGAAUGACCGGAGCAUCUCCUGUCUCUUCCUUUGUCAUUGAAGCAUUCAGUCAAUCGGUGAGCAACAGCUGGCAAACAGUGGCAGAUCAUGUCAAGACCACACAGUUUACUGUCAAAGGUCUCCGUCCCAACACGAUCUACCUGUUCAUGGUCCGAGCAGUCAACAGCCAGGGUCUGAGCGAUCCCAGCCCUAUGUCCGAUCCAGUGAGAACACAAGAUAUAAGCCCUCCAGCCCAAGGUGUCGACCACAGACAUGUACAGAAGGAGCUUGGCGAGGUCAUAGUUCGACUGCAUAACCCAGUUGUGCUGAGUCCCACAGCCAUUCAGGUCACGUGGACAGUGGAUCGUCAGUCCCAGUUUAUCCAGGGUUACAGAGUUCUAUACAGGCAGACAUCGGGACUGCCCUCACCAGGACCAUGGCAGACCCAGGACGUAAAGGUUCCAUCUGAGCGCAGCAUCAUCCUUUCAUCACUUAAGAAGGGAAUCGUUUAUGAGAUUAAAGUACGGCCUUAUUUCAACGAGUUUCAAGGCAUGGACAGCGACUCCAAGACGGCACGGACCUCUGAGGAGGCUCCCAGUGCCCCUCCUCAGCAGGUAACAGUUCUGACCGUGGGAAACCCAAACAGCACUUCCAUUAGCAUCUCCUGGGACCCUCCUCCACCAGACCACCAGAACGGCAUCAUCCAAGAGUACAAGAUAUGGUGUUUAGGAAAUGAGACACGUUUCCAUGUAAACAAGACAGUGGAUGCAGCCAUACGCUCUGUGGUGGUGGGCGGGCUGCAGGUGGGAGUGCAGUAUCAUGUGGAAGUGGCUGCAAGUACAAGUGCAGGGGUUGGAGUCAAGAGUGAACCGAAGCCUAUUAACAUUGGUAAAGAGUACCAGGAUGUGAUCAUACAUGGAAAUCGGAACAACAGCAUCACGGAGCAGAUAACCGAUGUGGUGAAACAGCCUGCAUUUAUCGCCGGUAUCGGAGGAGCCUGCUGGGUCAUUCUCAUGGGCUUCAGCAUCUGGCUCUACUGGAGGAGAAAGAAGAGAAAGGGUCUAAGCAACUAUGCAGUUCAGUCCUUCACCUUCACCCCUGCAGUGACGUUCCAGAGAGUCGAUGGUGGUUUGAUGAGCAACGGGAGCCGGCCAGGUCUGCUGAAUGCCAGUGACCCUGGUUACCCCUGGUUAGCGGACUCUUGGCCAACAACCAGCCUGCCCGUCAACAGCAAUUCCGGGGGUCCGAAUGACCUGAGUAACUUUGGACGAGGAGAUCUUCCCACAGGACAAGGAGAUAAGACGGGCACAAUGCUCUCUGACGGAGCCAUCUACAGCAGUAUAGAUUUCACAACCAAAGCCAACUACAACAGCCCUAGUCAGACAUCCCAAGCUACUCCAUAUGCCACCACUCAGAUCCUCCACUCCGGCAGUAUCCACGAGCUGGCUGUGGAUCUGCCGGAGGCCCAGUGGAAGGCGUCACUCCAGGCCAAACAGGAAAUGGCCAACCUGGGCUACUCCCUGCCCGACAAGAACUCCUGCAACAACACCCUCCUUUUCAUUCCUGACUACCGAUUGGCCGAAGGAUUGUCUAAUAGAAUACCACACAACCAAUCACAAGAUUUCAGCACCACCAGCUCUCACAACAGCUCAGAGCGAAGCGGCAGUCUCUCAGGCGGAAAGGGAGGAAAGAAGAAGAAAACUAAGGCUGGCUCCAAACCAACUAAAGCCAAUGGGUCCAACUGGGCCAACGUCCCCCUGCCUCCUCCUCCUGUUCACCCUCUGCCUGGAACUGAGAUGGACCUUUAUCCCAAUGAGCACCACGAAGGAGGAGGGUAUGAGAGUGACGGAUGGGGCCAGCCCAUGCCUGUGCAGACGUAUCUUCACCAGGGCAUGGAAGAUGAGCUGGAGGAAGAGGAAGAGAGGGUUCCCACCCCACCCAUCCGUGGAGUGGCCUCCUCCCCUGCUGCCGUGUCUUUUGGACAGCAGUCCACAGCCACUCUCACCCCGUCUCCCCGGGACGAGAUGCAGCCCAUGAUCCAGGCCCAUCUGGACGAGCUGACUCGAGCUUACCAACUGGACAUGGCUAAACAGACAUGGCACAUGCAGGGGGGUUCUCUACCUCCCCAGGCCCCAGCUCCUCCAGUGGGUUAUGUGUCGAGCACAAUGGUUUCCGACCUGGAGACUGACCUGGCUGAUGAUGAUGAGGAUGAGGAGGAGGAAGACGAGGAGGAGGAUGAAGGUUACGGAGCCAGGCAUCCCCGUGGUAUUGAGCACACACCAGGGUCUAGCAUGGACAACUUGGACAGCUCUUUAACAGGGUCCAUGGUGAAUGGGUGGGGCUCUGCCUCGGAAGAUGACCGUAAUUUCUCCAGCCAUAGGUCCAGUCUGGGCAGCUCUUCUGAUGGCUCCAUCUUUACCCACUGCAGCUUUGCCCAGGCCCUGGUGGCUGCUGCAGACAAGGCAGGCUACCGCCUUGAGGGCACUAGCCUCAGCAAGAGAGGUAAAGGUUUAUCCCACAGGCCUCGGCCCAGCAGUCCAUUUUCAACAGAUGGCAGCACAGUCGGCACACACAGCUUGGGCCACCAAAGGGCCACGAGGCCCUCACGCAAACCACGAAGUCAGGGCACAACACCCCACCGGAGAGAUGCUGGUGCAGACGACCUACCUCCUCCCCCUGAGCCUCCUCCCUGUCAGGGGCAGGGACGAAUCCAGGGGGCCCGCAGCGCAAGCAGCAUGGCACCACCUACAGACAGGAAGGCGUCUUCUCUGGAGCGCACGCCUAUGUCAGGACCCCUGUGUGGGCCGGAGGACAUGAAGAGCUCCAUUGACAGGCACAUGCGAACCUCUCUGGAACAUCAUCGCCAGGCUCAAGACAGGCUGGGCUCCAUGGACCGAGCUGACGAUGGACGCAGGGGACACAAAACAGAGGAAGGGUGCCUGCCGUACUGCAAACCAUCUUUCCCCUCCCCUGGGGGCCACAGCUCCUCCGGCACAGCCUCCUCCAAGGGCUCGACGGGGCCACGCAAGGCUGAGGGUCCGCGACAACCACAACAGUGGACUGCUUUGGAGCAUGCAGAUUUUCUGGGGACCAAUGGACAAGGACAGUACGCUGGAGAGUUAUAGUGAUCUGCCUCCGGGGUGAACUGGAGUCUGCCCUGCUCGUUGGGGCGAUGGACUGUCCUUAUCUGUGUGUUUUCAGAGGGAAGUGCGCUGCAGACGAAAGCAGAGUCACAGAACUGUAAAUGUGAUGUAAAAAUACAAACAUACUGUACAUCUCACUAUGUUUUUGUCCCCAAGAAAAUAUUUUCCACCUUACUAUGAUUUUCUUUUUGUUAGAAAAAGGCAAGUAAAAAACAAAAAAAGAAAACAUCCCCGUGAGAACAAAUUUUCUGGUAACUGCGCUUGGGGAAAAGGGAAUUUUAUUUCCUGUAAAUAUUUUCUUUUUACUUGUUGUUGCAUUGCUAUGCAAACCUGAUUGAGUUCAAGCUUUUUAUUUCCAUAUACAAGAACAGUUGGGUUUUAUCUGGUUAUUUGUAUUAUAUGUGAAUUGAGUGGCGCUUGUGCCAUAAAAUAAUUGUUUUAUAAUCCAUUAUUUGUUGAUAGUUACCAUUAAUUAUUAUUAUCAUUAUUAUAAUUAUUAUUAUUAUUAUUAUUAUUAAUUAUUGUUUUUGCACUGCAAUUUUUGGUGAUAAGCACAAAAACAUAGCUCCUGCUGACAUGAAGAACCGGAAGAAUAUGUGAAGAGGAGUUUCUGUACUGUAAAGUAAAGAGAAGAUUAUAUACUAAUGUACAGAGAGAUAUUAAAGACUAAUGCUUUGCUCAGACAGCCACAAAUGAGGUGCCCGUUUCCACACUUGAGUUAAAAUUGGGUGGCAAACACACAGGGUGUCCUGGGGGUAUGAGGGGCAGAUACAGUAUGAGAUCGGGGGAAGCAGAAGAAGGAUUCUGUGUUACUGUGCAUUUCUGAGUGGAUUAUUUAAGCCCUAAUUUAGCGUCCAACAAUAAGAGUGAAUCAUCAAAAAUAACUCUAAACUUGAGGGAGUGGGGUUUCCUCAUUUUAAACAAAGGUCUUAAAGUAUUUCAGGUUGUUUUGCGAAUGUUUUAAUGCCUAAAUAAUUUCACGACUCUUAAGUUUACACUUCUUAUUCAGCAAAGCAGCAAACUUACCAUGAAACAGACAGAAGACGGGAGGAAAGGGUGAAAUCUGUCCAAUCAGAGCGCUCUGAGGCAGAGUUGACAUCCUUCCAAGGCCUUAAAUAGAAAACGGAAAUAGUCAUCAUGAUUAAUAAUAAUAAUACUCCAAAACCUAAUAAAAUAUCUGGAUCCAUGUACAUUGUUUACAUCUUUUUCUUUGUUCUUUUAAAAAAAAAAACCUAUUAUGUACAACCUUUGUUUGCUUUAAAAAGCACUUAUGUUAAGUUUGUUAUACUAUCUGUGGUACAAGAAAACAACACAUCGGCCUGCUGGAUGGAGCUAAGAGCCGUUAAAAAACGUGAUCUGUUAAAGCAGGUCUUGGUGUAAAAGUUUGUGCCUCCGUUAUCGAAAUGCUACAAUCAGGGGUCAGAAACUUUGAUGAAAACAAAUACGGUGUUUGACCUCCAGUGUUUAUCUGAAAGUGAGCGCGAUAACAGAAAAAGGCCUUGUCAAGUGGGUACCACUGCCUCUGUGUCCACCGCCACAGCGUGAAGCAGAACACUUUCUCAGCCCGACUGCCACAAAAACACACUCAUCAUCUGCCGCUUCUGACGUUUCAGUCUCCGAUUUUCAAUUUUUGUCAUUUCCAACAAUGUUUCCGUUGGGUCAUCCUUAUUUUAAAGAGAAGCUUGUUUCUUUGUAUGCCUUUUAUGGACUCAAAAACGCUGCUUACAACGAUGUUUUUAAUUGUAAUGUUCAGGAUUUUUGUGGUUCGAUGACUGUUUGUUUUGUCUUUUUUUGUACUGCUAAUGUUGAUAAAAAUGGGUGGGAACUAAAGGCCAUCAGAUGCUGUUGUACUGUUGUUGUCAUGCCAUAGUCUAUUUUCAUCUUUUCUUUCCUUUCACCAUCCGCCCAGUGGCCAGUGUUCUGGAAAUGAGGUGCAGCGAGUAUCUCAGGUUAUUUUACAUUCUGGUGGUGUUUAUGUAUGUGUAUAUAUAGAUCUAUAUAUAUCCAUACGCAUCUCCACUUGUUUUGCCAUUCCAUCUUUAUUGACAAAGACUUCCCUCUCAUGUCCGAUCCUGUCGUCCGCUCUUUUCUUUUCUGCCGUGAUUCUGAUUUUGAUUCUGAAUAUGAAACGUGCUGGUUCAUCCACCUUAAGACAAGAUGUCAGUAAGAGAACAUACCAAAUUAAGAUUGAUAUUUCUAAUGUCUAAUGCGUUUUAGUGUCUCUUUAAUACUCAUUGUUUUCUUUUAAAUCACAGUGUCGUUUUGUAUUUAUUAAAAUGAUAAUAAAAGUAUAUUGUGAAAUAUGCAUAAAGAUUUGUGAGAUAUAAAACGUGUUUUUUGUUCCUUGUAAAGUUUGGUGUCAGAGCCGAGCAGCGAGGCCAUAAGGAGAUGUGCUCACAGCGCGGUGAAGUGCCGGGUUAGUAGUCGUCUGAGUCACUCUUCGUCUUGCAUGUUCACUGCACUGCUCUUCUCAUGUCAAAACUAAAGAAACUUUUCGACACAAGGAAGAAAAACGCUCACAAUUUGCUUGUGAAGACAACAGAGAAAACGUCUUUUUUGGAAGGAUGAAAGUGCUUUCCCUCUUUUGUUCAUUUUCUCAAUAUUGUUGGUUCUUUGUAGCCUAUCUGUGUGUUGCCUUUUUGAUAUAAAAGAGGAUUAAAAAUGACAAAAAAGAGAAAGUUGUUGGCUGAAGUCAUUUCUGUACAGUGUCAGGCGAAGCGACGCCUUGAUCCGAUGUCAUUUCUGCAGUACAGUUCAUUCUCCUCUUUUCUCUGUACACCACUUCCUGUAUUCACUUGCAUGUCCUUGUUCAAGAAGAGAGUGGAUCAAGAAAAGAAACUUUUACAGUCUCAUUCCCAUGUCCUGUAAGAUAAAGCCAUGCUCUUUUAUUUCCUUGUACCUGGAUCAAUCUCUUAAAUAAAAUAUUUUUUA